GUGAGCUGGUCUUUCAGGAUGUGAGGGCCCACAGGAGCGGAGCUGGGCUCUCUCCGCCGCCUGCCUGCCGCCCUGCAAGCUCUGCCUGCGGCGCUGCCCACAGUCCCCAUGGUGGGUACCCCCCGAGGCGGGGACCGGUGAACAGCAGAGGCAUGCCAGGGAAGCCCAAGCACCUGGGCGUCCCCAACGGACGCAUGGUUUUGGCUGUCUCCGAUGGAGAGCUGAGCAGCACAGUGGGACCCCAGGAGCACAGCGAGGGCCGAGGCAGCUCCCUCAGCAUCCACAGCCUCCCCAGCGGCCCCAGCAGCCCCUUCCCCACGGAGGAGCAGCCUGUGGCCAGCUGGGGCCUGUCCUUCGAGCGGCUGUUGCAGGACCCGCUGGGCCUGGCUUACUUCACCGAGUUCCUGAAGAAGGAGUUCAGUGCCGAGAACCUGACUUUCUGGAAGGCCUGCGAGCGCUUCCAGCAGAUCCCUGCCAGCGACACCCAGCAGCUAGCUCAGGAGGCCCGCAACAUCUACCAGGAGUUCCUGUCCAGCCAGGCGAUGAGCCCCGUGAACAUCGACCGGCAGGCCUGGGUCGGUGAGGAGGUGCUGGCUGAGCCGCGACCGGACAUGUUCCGGGCGCAGCAGCUUCAGAUCUUCAACCUGAUGAAGUUCGACAGCUACGCGCGCUUCGUCAAGUCCCCCCUGUACCGCGAGUGCCUCCUGGCGGAGGCCCAGGGGCGCCCCCUACGGGAACCUGGCUCCUUGCGCCUCGGCAGCCCCGACGCCACCAGGAAGAAGCCGAAGCUGAAGCCCGGGAACUCGCUGCCGCUGGGUGUGGAGGAGUUGGGGCAGCUGCCACCGGCUGAGGGCCCUGGGGGCCGCCCGCUCCGCAAGUCCUUCCGCAGGGAACUGUCGGGCACAGCAGCAAAUUCAGCCUUGCGACAAGAGUGCCAGGGCUCCCUCAACUCCUCCGCCAGUCUGGACCUGGGCUUCCUUGCCUUCCUCAACAGCAAAUCUGAGUGCCAUCGGAAGAGCCUUGGGAGCUCAGAAGGUGAGAGUGAAAGCCGGCCGGGGAGGUACUGCUGCGUGUACCUGCCUGAUGGCACAGCCUCCUUGGUCCUGGCCCGACCUGGCCUCACCAUCCGGGCCAUGAUGGCAGGCAUCUGUGAGAAACGAGGGCUCUCUCUACCUGACAUCAAGGUCUACCUGGUGGGCAACGAGCAGAAGGCCCUGGUCCUGGAUCAGGACUGCACCGUGCUGGCGGACCAGGAAGUGAGGCUGGAAAACAGGAUCACCUUCCAGCUGGAGUUGGCGGCGCUGCAGCGCGUGGUGCUGAUCUCGGCCAAACCCACCAAGCGGCUGCAGGAGGCGCUGCAGCCCAUCCUAGCGAAGCACUGCCUGAGCGCACACCAGAUCGAGCUGCGCCGGCCAGGCGAGAAGCAGCCGCUGGAUCUGGGGAAGCUAGUGAGCUCGGUGGCGGCCCAGAGACUGGUGUUGGACACUCUCCCAGGUGUGAAGAUUUCCGAAGCUGGCGACACAUAUCCCCGCCGAAGCCAGCGCACCCCACCUGGAACCCAGGACAAGGGCAUCCCUCUCCCUCCACUGCCGCUCAACUCCCUGGCCGAGGCUCCCAGCAGUGUCACUGGGAAGCGACAGACCUGUGACAUUGAAGGCCUGGUGGAGCUGCUGAACCGGGUACAAAGCAGCGGGGCCCACGACCAGAGGGGCCUUCUGCGCAAAGAGGACCUGGUGCUUCCGGAGUUCCUGCAGCUGCCUGCCCACGGGCCCGGCUCCCAGGAGGCCCCACCACAGACUGAAUCACCAGCCCAGCCCAAGAGGGGCCCCUUGGACUCCACUGCCCACUCUGCCCUCUGACAGCUGUCCAACAGUCCAGGCUGGCCGCAUGGCACCUGGCGGGCCAAGCAUGCCAUGGUCCCGCGCUGCAUGCCGUGUCUGUGCUGUGAGUGUCCCUGGCCCCUUCCUGCCACGGGCAGGCCCGAAGGAGGAGCCAGGAGGGUUUGGAGAGGGGCUCUGAGUAGCCACACCCCACAGCUACCACCCCUUGGUCCCUCACAGGCUUGCCCCUCCAUCCCUUGCAGCCAGGCCACUGGGGGGAGGUGGGGCUCCCCUCCUUUCUUUCUCUACCCUGUGCAGGCAUGCCCAUCACAGAGGGGCGGUGUUGGCAGUGCCAGCCUCCCCACCCUGUGCCAAGCUUCAUCAGGGAGCAGGAGGAGGGGCAGGCCCCUCCUCAGGGAGCCAGUAUGAGUAAGGCCUGGGGGGGCAGGUGGGCAGCCCCUCCCUCUAGCCACCGGACUCUACUGGGUAUACAGAUUUUGCAUUUGGGUUGGGGCAGCUAGGUUUGUCCUGGAUGUAUAAUAUUGUUAUAUAAUAAUUAUUAUUA